ACAAAUGGGUGGAUGGAUGGUUAAAAAUCACUUUUGUUUCAAUGCAUUAAAAGACACUUCUCUCCACACUGGAGGUCCUAGCUCUGCCCCUCGUCACGCCCCCUGUUCUGGCCCACUAUGUAAGUUCCUAUUAAUAAUUAGCAGUCAGGUUGUUGAGGACUUUAACACCAUGGAAGUUGCUAGAAUGCUCUUGCACAACAUCACUCACACAUGGGCAAGGUAGGUGGAAGAAUUACAGCUAUAAGAUCAGAACAAGUUCGACCUUUUGGUCACCACAUACGUAAUGCAAAUACUGUAAAUACUUAAACCACUGCACACAGUUACCAGAAGUACAAGCAGGUUUGUUUUACUGUUGACCAAGUAGGCUGAAAUGGCGGCCAAAGGCACACUCGGUCCACUAGGAGGGAGCGAUCUCCAAGACUCUUCGGAAUCAGAACCAGAAGUGGAACAGUGUUGGACGGCAGUCAGCGGGCUGGCCUAUGGAUCUUACCCCUACAAGCAGGUUAUACACAGCGGCCACUUCAUGGUGUCUUCACCGCACAGCGAGCGGAGAGGCAGAAGGUGUUCCCGCUACGACUUUGACACGGUGAACCGGACCUGGUGCCAGACGUACCGAUAUGGACCGUACAGGACCGGCAGACUGAGUAUCGACCCAACACUCACCCGCCUGUUCGAGUGCAUGUCUCUGGCCUACAGUGCCAAAAUAGUUUCUCCCAAGUGGAAAUCUUUUAAAGGGCUGCGCUUGCUGUGGAGGGAUAAGAUCCGCCUGAACAACGCAAUCUGGAGAGCAUGGUUUAUCCAGUAUGUGGAGAAGAGGAAGAAUCCAGUUUGUGGUUUUGUUACCCCGUUGGAAGGAUCUGAAGCAGAUGCGCACAGAAAGCCUGAAGCCAUUGUUCUCGAGGGCAGUUACUGGAAGCGGCGGAUUGAAGUCGUCAUCAACGAGUACCACAAGUGGAGGAUAUACUACAAGAAGAGACUUCAGAGAGAGAAGGAUGGCACUUUAUCAACCCUACAAGAGGGCCAACUCUAUCAGGUGGAUAAAUGGUCCAGUCAGAUGUAUUCACAACCUGAAGCUACGCCAGCCGACUCACACAUGUUCAACUUGGACUUCCUUCUUUCCAAUGUGUCCGACACGCUCUUCACAAUGACCCAAAAGCCAUGUCAUUGGACCAGUGAGCGGCAAAAUAAUUACACGACUAAUGCUGACAUGAUUCAGCCGGGCUUGACGCCUCUGCAGCCCAACUUGGACGACUUUAUAGAAAUACCAGACAUCUUUAUGAACUAUCUUGGCCCAACAUACGAGCAGACGACAGCUUUUGCUGACUCAGGCUUUUUUGAAAGUUCAUUUGUCCCUCCCAUACACACCUCUCAGCUGCUCAUUGACACCCAAUCUACUCAGGCUGAUCCGGUCCAAUUUUCAUCAUUUUCUCCUCAAAGCGCGACGAGCAGAUUUAGUCAGGACAUCAACAAAUUCCACUCAUCCAGUUUGUCUUCAUAUGGGACGUAUGGAGAGUCUUCACACGCUGAUCCUUUGGUUUCAGAGCAGACUACCAGUGUUGAUCAUGUGGUCUCCACAACAAUCCCUUUUUUCUGCCCACUUCCCUGCCACAAGAUGGGCUAUCACCCAGCAGCCUCCAACGUGACCCCGACUGUCAUUACUCACACCGCCUCCACCAUGGAGAGCACUCAGCAUGCCCACAGCUACCCUCAUCCGGAGCACACAUACCCGCAGCUUCCGUGCCAGUCUAUCAGCUACCCGUCCGUCAUGUCAGGUCCGGUCCAUACUGUCCAGCCGUCUGCUGUUGCACCCAGCUGCUUUUCAGCAUCAGAACAAAUGGCGACCACAGAAAUGAGCUGGAAGCACAAGCAAAAGAGAGCAGGACUGAGGACAGUUGGUCAUCCUGGAGGUCUUUCAUACCACCCGCUGGCACCCACUAGCUGCCUGGCUAAGCUGCUGUCCACAGGGAAAUCACCUGUGGGUUUACAAAGCAGCCAUGUAGCAGUCAAAGGUCGGAGGUCAUCAUCUCCCAGUUCUUUGCAUGGAAACCGUUGGCAUGCUGAGUUUCCUGUGUUAAAACCUUCUGCAUGGCGUCUUGGUGAAACACAGAGAAGAUCACCCAAAGGCUCUGCCCUGCUACCUGAUGACGCUGCUCACAGCAGCACAGCUCUUCUCAUUCCCAAAACUGAGAACUUAUCACCUGUCCAGGUGUAUGGCACAGACAGGAGCAGUUUGCCAGGGUAUUUGGGGCAAAAAUCAUCCCCCAUCCCAUUAGACAAUGUCUCUCAUCCAGAAUGUCAACAGUCUGGGUAUGGAAAGCUAGACUCAAGUAAGCAGCAAACUCAGAACAGGAGGAUAACUCACAUCUCUGCUGAGCAGAAGAGGCGUUUCAAUAUUAAACUGGGAUUUGACACUCUACAUAACCUUGUGACAACACUCAGCUCUCAGCCAAGCAUAAAGAUCAGCAAAGCCACCACGCUGCAGAAGACUGCAAAGCACAUCAGCAAAAUGCAGCAGGAGAGAUCUCUGUUGCAGGAGGAGGUGCAGCGACUUCAAAAUGAGAUCCAGCAUCUGAACUCUGCCAUCAAUUCAUGCCAGCAGCAGCUACCAGCCACCGGCGUGCCCAUUACACGCCAGCACUUUGACCACAUGAGGAAAAAGUUCAGAGAGUACGUCCAGACACAGACUCUGCAAAACUGGAAGUUCUGGAUUUUCAGCGUCAUCAUGGAGCCGCUAUUUGAGUCCUACAAUGGAAUGGUGUCCACUGCCAGUGUGGAAUUACUGUGUCAGUCCACUUUGUCCUGGCUGGACCAACAUUGUUCACUGCCUUCCCUCAGACCCAUGGUCCUGAGUUCACUCCGUCUCCUGAGUACGUCCACGUCCAUCCUGACUGACCCAUCCCUCCUACCACAGCAGGCCACACUUGCCGUCACCCAGGGUGCACCUGGUGGUGCCGUGGAUGACUCCAUGCAGCCUCUUUUAGACAACACACGCAACAUGUGACUGAAAGGCAAUCUGUAAUUACUGCUAAGUUUCACUGGAGGAAUUUAUAUAUUUUUUAUUAAAUACAAAACAUUUCAACUUAAACUUAUAUUUGCAGCAGGUAGAAUGUUAAGUAUUUACAGGGUGUGUCCUUUGAGUGUUAUUACAAUUGUUCAUACAAUUUCAUGCUGUUAACCACAAAGUACAAUUACAAAGUACAGUUACAGUACUUACUGCAGAGUCAUGUAUAAAGAGAAUAUGGCCAACUAAACAAAAGGCACCAUGACUGCUAUCAAAAACGUGGGUGGCUGUGCCCAGUUGCAUGCUAUUGCACAAAAUAAUUUGUCCAUGUAUAGUUUUAAACUUCACAGGCUUCACGGUGGAAGAGGGGUUAGUGCGUGUGCCUCACAAUACGAAGGUCCUGCAGUCUUGGGUUCAAUCCCAGGCUUGGGAUCUUUCUGUGUGGAGUUUGCAUGUCCUCCCCGUGAAUGCGUCGGUUUCCUCCGGGUACUCCGGCUUCCUCCCACUUCCAAAGACAUUCACCUGGGGAUAAGUUGAUUGGCAACACUAAAUGGUCCCUAGUGUGUGAAUGUGAGUGUGAAUGUUGUCUGUCUAUCUGUGUUGGCCCUGCGAUGAGAUGGCGACUUGUCCAGGGUGUACCUCGCCUUCCGCCUGAUUGUAGCUGAGAUAGGCGCCAAAAAGGAAUAAGCGGUAGAAAAUGUAUGGAUGGAUGGAUAGUUUUAAACAUAUUCCAGGUCAAUAACUUAUAAUUAAACAUGCUCUUAUUUUGUGAAAGUAUAAAUUUGCAGCCUUGCUGCUACAUUCCUGCGGUGUUAAGUGACCAGCAGGCACUCUAAAAACGCACCUGAAGGCGCAAUAAACGUAAAAAGAAUACACAGAACGACCAAAAAAUAACUUAUUACCCUCAUUUUGCCCAUAUCUUACUUAACUUAUAGCACUUUCUAUACUUUUUUCUUUCCAGAUUCAGGUUAAAGCAAUGUAAAAGGUUUCCACUAUUUUCGUGGGUGGCACAGCCCCAUGUUGCACAAAAGGUUAAGUUAGUAGCAGUCAUGGCGCCCUGUGGUGACAUGAGUGCCUUUUGACCAAUCAUUGAGGAAAUCGCCUGAAACUGAGUUGGCUAUACUUUCUUUAUACACUACUCUGACUUAUUGUCAUACUUUUCCACCACUUGUGGCAGUAAUGUGUCGGUUGACUGAGUGACAUAUGAAAAGAAAAAGGAGAAGCGCUUUCUUUAAGGACACACAUGAUGAUGAGUAAUUGUGUUAAUUAUGUAAUACUUAAUAAUUAUAUGUGAUGCUUGAUGUGUCCAUAAAUACACACUCAUGAUAUUUAAUAAUUGUACAUGUAUGUAUUGUUCAUCAGCUUUUAUGAGUCCCUUUUUUUGCUGUAUUUUUGACUAUUAAUUAGUGUUUAUUUUUGUGAUCAGCCAUGUUGGCAUGUUGUAUGCUCAGCUUUAUCAGUUCAAUAAAAAAUCAUCUUUUUGAUUAACACAUAAAUGAUAA